AGGAGUUGAACAUCACUUGAACCUGCAGAAAACGGGGGACCCCUUGCCUUAGCCUGGACCUGCAGCAUCAUGGUUUCCCAUUUCACAAGCUGUCUCAGUGCGCUGGCCACCCUCCUGCUGCUUGGUUCUCAGCUUGUUUGCCCACAGUCCUCUACUGAACACAGAAAGGUCCCACAACGGAUGGCCAUGGCAGAGGGAACCCCAGAGGACAGUGGUGGUGGCUCUCCAGGAGUUUGGGGCUCUUGGGGCCCCUGGUCUGCCUGCUCGCGCAGCUGCAGUGGCGGUGUGAUGGAGCAGACGCGGCCCUGUUUGCCCAGCUCCUACCGCAGUCGUGGAGGUUCGCGACCCGGUGGUCCCACGCUGCCCUUCACUGGCCAUGUCGUGUCAGCCAUACGCACCUCAGUACCACUGCAUCGAAAUCGUGAGGAGCAACGUGCCCCGGUUGGCUCUGAUGCCAGCCGCCCAGGCCCCACAGUGGUGCGAGGCAGCCGCCACCCACAGGCCCGGGGCCGAGAACCCUCAGAGAGAAGGAGCAGGACCCGAGGUCCCAUCGGCCCUGGCAAGUACGGUUAUGGGAAGGCUCCCUACAUUUUACCACUGCAGACGGAUACCAUGCAUACUCCGCAGAGGCUUCGGAGACAAAGACCUUCAUCCCGGCAUUCCAGGUCCCAGGAGGCUUCUGCUUCUAGGCAGGGCUACAGGCCACCAGCCCACCAGUUCUCCCACAGUGGACCUCUCUACCAAAGUGACAGCGGCCCUCGUUCUGGACUGCCGGCUUCUGAGGCCUCUAUCUAUCAGCUGCCUUUGACUCAUGAGCAAAGCUAUCCUGCAGCUCCAGGUCUCUACCACAGUCCGGAAUUGAGCAGCAACAGCGGUGCCAGGCCCCAGGGCUCAGCUCAGGCCUUUCCCCAGCAUCUGCGGUCUACAGCCAUCUCGUGCAUUGGGGCCUAUCGGCAGUACAAACUGUGCAACACCGACGCAUGUCCGGAAAGUGGUAGAAGUAUCCGGGAGGUCCAGUGUGCAUCCUACAACAACAAGCCAUUCAUGGGCCGGUUUUAUGAAUGGGAACCAUUUGCAGAAGUAAAGGGCAAUCGCAAGUGUGAAUUGAACUGCCAAGCAACCGGCUACCGUUUCUAUGUGCGACAAGCUGAGAAGGUCAUUGAUGGCACCCCCUGUGAUCAGAAUGGUACAGCCAUCUGUGUCUCGGGACAGUGCAAGAGCAUUGGCUGUGAUGACUUCCUGGGCUCCGACAAGGUCGUGGACAAGUGUGGGGUGUGCGGAGGCGACAACACAGGCUGCCAGGUGGUGUCGGGAGUGUUCAAACAUGCCCUCACCAGCCUGGGCUACCACCGUGUCGUCGAGAUUCCCCAAGGAGCCACGAAAAUUAACAUUACAGAGAUGCACAAGAGCAACAACUAUUUGGCCUUGCGAAGCCGCUCUGGCCGCUCCAUCAUCAACGGGAACUGGGCAAUUGAUCGCCCGGGGAAGUACGAGGGCGGAGGGACGAUGUUCACCUACAAACGACCCAAUGAGAUCUCCAGCACUGCCGGGGAGUCCUUUUUGGCUGAAGGUCCCACCAAUGAGAUCCUGGAUGUCUAUAUGAUACACCAGCAGCCCAACCCAGGAGUCCACUAUGAGUACGUGAUCAUGGGGAACAAUGCCAUCAGCCCACAGGCACCUCCCCACAGAAGACCAGGAGAACCCUUCAAUGGGCAGUUGGAAGCAGAAGACAGACGCCUGGAAGACAGAGACGACCAGGACAAGAACCAGGAGAAGGAAGAGUCACAUGCCGAGGCCCCCGAGGUACUGACUUCCGCAUCUUCACACACGCAGACCUUCCCCGUCAGGCAUCCUGACAGAUUCCCUGCCCACCGACCGGACAACUUGGUGCCACCAGCACCACAGCCCCCCAGGAGAAGCCGGGACCACAACUGGAAGCAGCUGGGGACAACAGAAUGUUCCACCACCUGUGGGAAAGGAUCACAGUACCCGAUCUUCCGCUGUGUGCACAGAAACACACAUGAGGAGGUUCCCGAGAGCUACUGCGACUCCAGCAUGAAGCCAACCCCGGAGGAGGAACCCUGCAACCUCUUCCCCUGCCCAGCCUUCUGGGACAUCGGGGAGUGGUCUGAGUGCAGCAAAACCUGCGGCCUGGGCAUGCAACACCGCCAGGUUCUGUGCCGCCAGGUGUAUGCCAACCGCAGCCUGACAGUACAGCCCUACCGCUGCCAGCACCUGGAGAAGCCUGAGACCACCAGCACCUGCCAGCUCAAGAUCUGCAGCGAGUGGCAGAUUCGGACCGACUGGACCUCGUGCUCGGUGCCCUGUGGCGUGGGGCAGCGGACCCGCGACGUGAAGUGCGUAAGCAACAUCGGGGAUGUGGUGGAUGACGAGGAGUGCAACAUGAAGCUCCGACCGAAUGACAUCGAGAACUGUGACCUGGGGCCCUGCGCCAAGAGCUGGUUCCUUACAGAAUGGAGUGACAGGUGCUCAGCCGAGUGUGGGGCUGGCGUGAGGACUCGCACAGUCGUGUGCAUGACCAACCACGUCAGCAGCCUGCCUUUGGAAGGCUGCGGGAACAACAGGCCGGCAGAGACUACACCGUGUGACAAUGGGCCCUGCACAGGCAAGGUGGAGUGGUUCUCCGGCAGCUGGAGUCAGUGUUCUGUUGAGUGUGGCAGUGGGACACAGCAGAGGGAAGUGAUCUGUGUUAGGAAGAAUGCAGACAUCUUUGAAGUGCUAGACCCUUAUGAGUGUUCAUUCCUGGAGAAGCCUCCGAGCCAGCAGGCCUGCCACCUCAAGCCUUGUGGAGCUAAAUGGUUUAGCACAGAAUGGAGCAUGUGCUCCAAGAGCUGUCAGGGCGGGUUCCGGGUCCGGGAAGUGCGGUGUCUGUCAGAUGACAUGACCCCCGGUAGUCUCUGCGAUCCCCAGUUGAAACCAGAAGAGAGAGAAUCCUGUAACCCUCAGGACUGUGUCCCUGAAGUUGACGGAAACUGCAAGGACAAGUACUACAACUGCAAUGUGGUGGUCCAGGCGCGCCUCUGUGUCUACAACUACUACAAGACCGCCUGCUGUGCCUCCUGCACCCGCGUGGCCAACAGACACACAGGCUUCCUGGGAAGUCGAUAACACUCCUGCUCCCCUGCGGCUGCAAGCAGUGCACCUGACUGGCCGGUGCUCCGCCAGGGACCCCCACUCUCACCUUCAUAAAGCGUACCACCUGGUACCCAGGAUGCUAGAACGCCCUUUGAGCAUCACUCUGUCCUGAUGACGCCCUUCCUUGGGAACUGGCACCUGCUAAUGGGGCCUACUGAAAACCAAGCAGUCACAUGCAUGCAGCUCUCAUCCCAACUUCAGGCUUGCUGUCAUCCAGGUCAGCAACUGGACCACUGACCCGGCACAGCCUCCUUCCUGGUACUACUGGCCUGUCCAGAAUUAGCACCCCUUUGGAAAGUCAAGAGAGGAAAGCACCCCAUCCUACGUCACCAACAAACCUUACUGAGACCUGUGCAUUCAUGUUACCUCAGCCAGCCGUGCCUGUCACCAUUCUUAAGGACAAUAGACUGUUUCCUGCCUCAGGACAGAGGUAUCCCACAGUAGAGUGCUCUCUUGUUUAGCAGGUACAUACAUUCUCAGACCUUAGCUCACUGGAGGCCAUGGUGUCCCAGAACGGGAAGCAGGGGUUGAAUAAGUGCUCCUACUUGACAAGGAACUGAGGCUCAACUCAGAUAACUGAGCUGGCCAUUUUAUGCCAGGGCUGAGUGCCUACCUCAGAUGCCUGAGCAUAACCUCACCCCACAGCGCCUCCAGUGGCCAGCCUGGGGCCUGUCCACUGGCCUAUAGUCUGAAGAAUGACCGGGGCUUCCUAUUGGACCAGGGGGUCGAGUUGUAUUUUAUGAACGGAGCCCAAGCUUCUGAAGCCCUUCCUCUAUCCCCAAGUGCUGCUUCACCCAAGUAUUUAGUCCUUUCAAGAUGUCUGCACCCCGUUCCCCUUCCCUAAGUCACAGCUCCUGCUGACAGGACUCUGUGGUGUUUGCUAAGUUCUGUCCUCAACAGAACUUUCCCACAAGACAAGAAAGCCACAGGGAAAGCAAGAAUGUGGCCAGGGAUUUUCUGGGGCACUCUGGAGCUGGAACAAAUUCCCAAAUCCCACAAGCUUUAGUUCUGCCAUCUCUCCUGGGUUCUCUGUGGCGUACCCCCUGCUGGAAAGCCAAGCCAGCAGUCCCAGGAAAGCUCGACGUUGCAAUAGGAGGAGUCUUAUUUGGGCCUUAUGAGUUGAUUAAAGGGUUUCUUGCUGGUAGUCUCACAUCCCUCCCUACUCUCCCUCCCCUUUCUCCCUCCUGUUCCCCUGUGACUCAUGACUCUUACUUCCCACAAGACUUGAUCAUCAAGAUCAGUUUUAAUGAUGCGGGUCUUAGAGAAGGAGCUCCGAAACCCUUCCCAUCUUCACUGACACACUUUAGCCGACUGUAAUUCCAGAGGCCCCAGGCCUGAAGGGACUCGGUGCAUAUUGAAAGAUGAACCAUCUCUGGAGGUCAGGGGAGACAAUUAAGAGGAAUAUUCUUUUCUUAAAAAUUGUAAACUUACAGAAAUUGUCUUGUUUCGGGUCCUGGGCAUGUUUCUCUUAAAGCAGGCACGUACCGUAUCACAGGGUCCCUCCAUGAGCUCAUUACCUGCCCCAGCCAGCGUGGCAAUUGUUCCCAGCCAUGGGGCUAAUGUCGCCUGUCUGGUCUGACACACUCUGUCAGGAUCACUGACUUUGGCUUUCUGUGAGUAUCUCCAGCAUCUCUCUCUGCUUGGGAAGCUGGGCACCACAUCCAUCAGCAGCUCCACCUCUCCUCGUGUUCUAUGGCAUGUAGACUCACAGCCUGGCAGAGACUGUGCCAACCAUGCUAAACACCAGGAGAAGCCAUUACACACGCAGUUUCUGUCCAGUUUCCUCCCUGCUCCUCUCACUGCGUGCUUUUGCCUGUCCCAGGUAACCUUUCCUUCAUGCAGCCAUUGUCACCUUGCUGGACAAGCCAGUCAUCUGAAGAAUUCACUGGAAGGUGUUCGUGGCAUGCCAGAGGGUAAGGCCUGCAAUAUCUGUUGGUUAAAGCAAAGCCUGGCAUUAGCUCCCGGGAAGGAAAAUGUCCUAGCAUCUGAAGCCACCCAGCGUAAGGCUAAUCUUACAACUAUGUCCUGGUUUCUUCCAUCUUCCAUCGUCUGCAUGGCUUUCUCCCUUCCGUAGUGUGUGCAGCAGGGCCCUGGGGAUCCCCAGUGAUCACCAGGGAGGGGACACCAGUCCCUGCAGAUGAUCCUUUAUCUGCCAUCCCCUUCUCGAGCCACUCCACAUCCCCUUUAUUGACUGUGACGUGGAACCGAAACAUAUUACAAAACUGAUUUCCUACCCCCCACCCCGUGUGCCAGAGGCCACAUCCCUAGCUCUGAGUGAAAAAUUGGAUAAAUUAAAGCUACUGUGUAGUCUUUCUCAACAAAAAUCAGCAAAGCCCCAAAUUAAAAGUCUGUGCUGAUUGUCUUCCACUCACUGGAAGAAGAACCUUCCUUGCAGCCCCUGCGGAAUCUUUUCGGUUCACCUUCCAGGGCCUGCAGGAAAUAUGCUACCCGACCACUAGAGGGAGCCGUUCUCUGCUCGUAAACCAUGUUCACCCUAUUAAGAAGCCAGAGGAGCUCUGCUCAGCAUCUCUCAGUGGUACAGGGAGGGAGUUCUCAUAACUGCCCCAGCUGCUCCUUUGCAUUACUUCUUCUCAGCCCAGGAUUUCUGUGUUUUAUCUUCCCGUCUUGCUUUUAGUACGCUCCAUCUGUUUGUUCUCUAAGCGUUUACACCCAUCACUCUCUCUAGAGGACUGGAAAAUGGAAGAUGCUAGCUCAACUUGUUGUGUGGUGUGGAGAACUCUAGAUACUGCUAACACCUGUCCAAGAUAGUCUCCUCAUUUAUUAAUAGCUGUCUUAGAGUUGGCAUAUUAGUUUUCCCAUGUGAGGAACAAAAUGAAAGACUACAUUGCAACAGGGUGAUGACCUGCCAGUCCUGCAGCGGGAGACCAGCGUCUGAUCCUUGACAGAUGAACAUUGCGUGUGUAGCCUGGAUGUCUUAGCAGAAGACUGGCCGAUGCCCUGGCCAUGGAGAGCCAAGAGCCAGAGCAAGAAGAGUCUAAAAGAUUUAUAAAGGAAAUUAAAAAAAAAAAAAUAAGAAGUAAAGAGAAAGCCCAGACCUCAACAGUUCCCUGGAAAACGGCUAAAGUCCUACCUUUGUAUUAAAAGAAUAACUGUUUAAUCAAACAAUGACAGAAAGGGAAGAAUUUCAGCUAAGAUCAAUGUCAGUCAGGAACGUGGGGAGGAAGAGGCAAGAUAUAACUGACCCCGGGACUAGCAAGUUAGCUCGAUUGACAAAGUGCCGAGACAAAGACUGAGCCCAGGUCGCAGAACCCACAUGCAAAAAACCAGAUGUGAUGUACUCACUUGUAAUCCCAGCAUGGGAGAGGCAGAGACAGGUGGAUCCCUCCCUGGGGCUCAGUAGCUGGCCAGCCCAACCUAUUGGGCAAGCUCCAGGCCAGUGAGAGACCGUGUCAUAAAAAACAUUGUGGAUGACACCUGAAGCCCAACAGUCAAUGUCCUCUGACCUCCACAGGCAUACACAUACCUGUGUAUAUGUAUCUGUAUAUGCCAUGCCAUAAGCCACCAAGGCCAAAGAGGAAACAUAGAUGGGAGUCGUGGCACAUGUGUCUGUAGGAAGACAAUGCUCAUAUGUAACGUUCAGGUGUGGUUUCCAAUCCCGAUAAAGAGGACAGACUCUUAGAGCCAGUGUGGUGGACUUCUGAGGUGUGACAUUGCAGAAGAGACACCACGAGAACCCUCAGUGAAACAGAAUAGCAAAGUUCUGCAAGCUGAUGUAGAUCUAUGGAGGCAGGGCUACUGGGGACAGUCACCCCUUAGGGGUGGCAGCUGAGACAGGACAGGUGUGUCAGGAUGUGGGAAGGGAUCAGAUAUCUUUCUCAGAAACUUGCUACUCAAGGUCAUCUCCAAGUCCAGGGUUUGGUGGCUCUCCAAGUGGCACAGCUCUGGGUGGUGCAUCUGCUUAGACACAGCAAGUGACAGCUGCUACCACCUUGUCACCAUCUGAAACCCAUUUGUGCCCCUUCCUGUGAACAGCAUGUGAUCUCAUAUGGCAGCCACUGGCAACCUAGUCAGAGCCAUCCCCACAUCUGCUUCACAAAGGGGCACAGGGACAUGGGGGGCAGCUGACUGCCUGCCUGCCUGCCUGCCUGGAGUCAUAUGUCUCCAUGGAGGCCGCUUUGACUAGUCUCUUUUGUAAACAUCUUUCCUUGCUGACAAAGAGUAACCCUCUACCCCAAACCAUCCUUUAUGUCUGGAUCCUUGUUCCAGUGGGAUACCCCAUCACGUUGUGGAAAGUAACCCCAAGAAUGUGGAAGCCCCCCGCCUCCUGAGAGGAUGAGCCCCUGGCCUGAGUGAGAGACAAAUCCAUUCUGUCAUACCCACUAACUCUCCCCUUCCUGCCCCCCCAGCCCCCCAACAUCCACCCGACAGAAGGAUAUACUUUGCUAUAACUUAUUAUUCUGUUCUCUGUAAAUACAAGAUGUUUAUAGGAAAAGUGUAUUCUGAACUAUAUCUGCAGAGUGACUCGUGACACCAAAAUAGUUCUGUUUAUUUAGAAUAUGUUCAUUGUUAAAGGGACCCAAUAGGUAUUUAUUUACAUAUGCCAUCCAUAUUUUCAUAAAAUCAUUUGAUCAUACUAACCCAGCCUCCUGGUAUAUGGCUGCACCACGGUGUCUUAUGCUAAGUCAAUCCUGAUAGUCAUUUAGUACAGUGAUUGGCUAAACUUUUGGAAGGUUUUUUUUUUGUUGUUUUUUUUUUUCCGAGACAGGGUUUCCCCAUAGCUUUUGGUUCCUGUCCUGGAACUAGUUCUUGUAGACCAGGCUGGCCUUGAACUCACAGAGAUCCGCCUGCCUCUGCCUCCCGAGUGCUGGGAUUAAAGGCGUGUGCCACCACUGCCUGGCAAACUUUUGGAAAUUUAAGAUCAAAUAUAACUGACCCUGCUUUUGACAUAUUCAGGGGUUCCUCCGCCAGUAUUGUGCCUAAGAUUGCCACCUUUCUGUCUUAAAUAUUCUAUUUUUUUUUCAUACAAUCUGCCCUUUCCUCACACCCAAACACUGAGAGAAGGGCAGGCAGCUUGUGUUUCUCUUCCCUUCUCAGUGUGGCCCACUGUUAGCUUCACUGGGCUCAUGCCUCAGGUCAGAGCUGUAGACAACCUGAGCUGAAGGGGCUGUGAGAGGCUUGGGGGCUUGUGGCAGCCUCUCAGCUCUGAUGACCAACCCCAAGGUCCCUGUUGGGGGCUCCUGGGGUCAGGGCCUGAAGGCUGACCUGUGGAUUGCAGAGCCCGGAGUGAGAAGCCCACUGGGGAACUGAGGACAACACUAGUCUGUGUCUCCUUUACAGUGUUAAAUUAUUAUGGAAGGAGGAGACGAGCAGAAGGUGAAUUAUAUGAGCAAAUAUGGGCUGUUUUCAGCACUAUUUUGUGUACAACUAAUUUAUUUUUAUUGUAAAAAAUACAAUA